AAUUAUUUAUUUAAUUUUUCCUCAUCCAUUCAUUUACUCAUUAACUUUUCUUCCCAAAUUUCUUUCAGGUACUAUUGCUGCUUUCUAUAUCAUCACAUUCGUCGGAGUAAAAGCAUCAAUUUGGGGGAUCAAUAUGGRCUUCUCUGGUGAUUUCCGAAUACCAGAAUUCAACACCCAGUUUCCUGCUUUGACUGGAGGCUUGACCUUGGGUUAUUUUGUUCACAAUUUUGUGUUGUCCAUCUUGCAUAAUCAAAAAAAUCCUAAAAAUAAUUCACGUGACGUCAGUAUAGCUUAUGUUUUGGUGGUGUUUACCUAUAUCUUUGUUGGUGGAGUGUUUUAUGCAGCCUUUCCCAUUAAGAAAUCAUGUAUAAGUCAGGUUUUCCUGGAUAAUCUGCCAUCCAGUGAUUUCAUGGCAUUUGGUGCUCGUAUUGGUCUGUUCUUUCAGCUGCUCACCGUGUUUCCUCUCAUCGUUUAUAUUGUCAGAGUGCAGUGUAUGGUGUACAUCUUUGGGAAGUCAUAUCCUGGACCAUUUCACGUUCUUGGUUUGAAUGUUGUUAUUAUCGCUUGCUGUGUUGCUUGUGCCUGUUUUUAUCCCCAUGUUGGCACUAUUAUAAGGUAUGUUGGAGCUCUCAGUGGACUGGCCUACAUAUUUGCCUUACCGUGUCUGGUAUAUUUAUAUGACAAGAAGAAAGAACAAGGAAGUCUCUCAUGGUGGUGCAUUAUCGUACAUUCAUUCAUUGUGCUACUUGGUGUACUGAAUUUAAUUGCACAAUUCCUGAUAUCCUAAUUCUUUAGACAUUGUCUUUACAUUGACUAUAGGGAUGGGAUUUUCUCUGGGAACUGAUUUUACUGAGGAAAUAUGUUGUUGAACCUCUAUAAAGCGGUCACCUUGGGGAAAAGACCAGGUGACCGUUUAAAAGAGGUCAUGUUUGCAGUAA